AUGCGACUUCAACACAUGCCGACUCGCCAACUACUCGUCUCCCGACGCCACUUCACCAACGACUUCCGGAUCGUCGAAGUCGGCGCACGGGACGGGCUGCAGAACGAGAAGCACUUCGUCCCGACGGCCACCAAACUCGCGCUCAUUCAAAGACUCGGCGAGGCGGGCCUCCGCACCAUUGAAGCCACCUCGUUCGUCGCCCCAAAAUGGGUCCCGCAAAUGGCCGAUCACAAGGAGAUUGUCGCCCAGAUCCAACGUGCCCCUGGAGUUGCGUAUCCGGUGCUUGUGCCGAAUCUCAAGGGUCUAGCGGCGGCGCUGGAGACGAAGAAGGUUGAUGAGAUUGCACUCUUCGUGGCCGCUUCCGACGCCUUCAACAAGAAGAACAUCAAUUGCACCACCGAGGAGGCGAUGCAGAGGGCCGCCGAAGUGGCCAAAGAAGCUCUAAAACACGGGCUGAAGGUCCGUGGCUACAUCAGCACCGUCAUCGGAUGCCCAUAUCAAGGAGCGAUCGAUCCCUCCGAGGUCGCUGCGUUGUGUGCAGCCCUUUUGGAAGCCGGCUGCUACGAGGUGAGCCUGGGCGACACGAUCGGCGUCGGCACACCGGCCACCGUCGGCAAGCUGCUCGCCAACCUGCUCCCCGCCAUCCCACAAAGCAAGCUCGCCGUGCACUUCCACGACACCUACGGCCAAGCCUUGGCCAACGUGCUCACCUCGGUCUCGGCCGGGAUCCGCGUGGCCGACUCGAGCAUCGCCGGCCUCGGUGGAUGUCCAUACGCGAAAGGGGCCACCGGCAACCUGGCCACCGAGGAUUUGGCCUACAUGCUGGCCGGGAUGGGCCUGAAGACGGGCGUCGAUUUGGAUAAACUCGUCGACACUGGAGCGUGGAUUUGCCGAGAGAUGGGUCGCACCAACGCGUCACGCGCCGCCACUGCGAUACUCAACAAAAAGACCAAGACUUGC